AUGGAGAGAAGGUGUGCAUGGGCCUUCAUGAUGUUGCUUGGGAUGACAAUGGUGAUACUGGGUGAGGUGACAAUGGUGCAUGCUAAUGGCGGGCAAUUGAGCCCUAGCCAGUGUAAUUCAGAGAGACAGCUCCUGACCAACGCAUGCCGGCCGGUAGUGUUCGGGCAGCCGGCAACGCCUGUGUGUUGCCAGCGUGUGAGGAUCAGCCACUUCGAGUGCAUCUGCCCUAUGUUCACCCCCAAACUGGCUUCCAUCCUCGGUGUUCACCGGGUCAUUAAGCUACUUCAAGGUUGUGGAAGGAGGGUUCCACGUCACUUCAAAUGUGGCAUGGCUUAUGAUCCUUUGGAGUUAGCAUAUCUCUAG